UCUCUGCUCAUCGCAUUCAUUCAUUUGUUCGUUCAUACGGACGGACAGAGGCAACGAAUAAUUAAAGCUUAAAGCCAACAGAAUCACAUGGCGACAUCCACAUCCUUUUCUUCCCACUCUUUCCUCCCCCAUUCUCCUUGAUUUUUUGUUUUCUUCUAUUUUCCUCAAAGCUGCAAUUCGAGCUCCCGUCGUCGCCUCUCCCAUGGGAGUUUAUUCAAGAACUGUUACCGUCGUUUCGCCCAAAUGGACGGCUUUUCUCUGUAUUGCUUGCUUCUGUUCUGGAAUGUUCUUCGCCAACAGAUUAUGGACAAUUCCCGAAACAAGGGGUGUCACGAGAUCAGUAACGUCGGUUGAAGCCGAGACAUUAAAGCUAGUGUCCGAAGGCUGUGAUCCCAACUUUAGUGGCAUAAAAAGAGUCCCAAAGGCGAUAUUUCGGGAUGACGCCAAGACUCAACACACUUCACAAACAUUGGACAAGACCAUUUCAACUUUGGAGACAGAGUUAGCUGCUGCGAAGGCGGCGCACGAUUCAAUUUUGAAUGGCUCUCCCCAAUAUAAUUCGGACAAGGGCUCCUCCCAUAGAAGAAAGUAUUUCAUGGUUAUUGGAGUAAAUACGGCAUUUAGCAGUAGGAAAAGACGGGACUCAGUUCGAGCAACGUGGAUGCCACAAGGGGAAAAACGAAUGAAGUUAGAGUCGGAGAAAGGAAUUGUUGUUCGUUUCGUCAUUGGUCACAGUGCAACAUUAGGGGGUGUACUUGAUAGGUCAAUAGAAGCCGAAAAUAAGAAGCAUGGUGACAUCUUGACGUUGGAUCAUGUCGAGGGUUAUCUCGAGUUGUCGGCCAAGACAAAGACUUACUUCACAACAGCCGUGUCGCUAUGGGAUGCAGAAUAUUAUGUUAAAGUCGACGAUGAUGUUCAUGUCAACAUUGCUACGCUAGGCGAAACAUUAGCAAGACACCGUAAAAAGCCAAGAGUAUACCUAGGAUGCAUGAAAUCUGGUCCAGUCAUUGCUCAGAGAGGAGUAAGAUACCAUGAACCUGAGCAUUGGAAAUUUGGGGAACCGGGAAACAAGUAUUUCCGACAUGCUACAGGACAGUUAUAUGCCAUCUCAAAAGAUUUGGCUUCAUUCAUUGCGACAAACCAACAUGUUCUCCAUAAGUAUGCGAACGAGGACGUGUCUCUUGGAGCAUGGUUCAUUGGGCUUGAUGUGCGGCAUAUAAAUGAUCGGAGAUUGUGUUGUGGAACUCCGCCCGACUGUGAAUGGAAAGCACAGGCAGGAAACAUGUGCGUUGCUUCGUUUGAUUGGACGUGCAGCGGAAUAUGCAGAUCUGUCGAUAGGAUAAAGGAGGUUCAUCGUCGGUGUGCAGAGCAUGAGGAUGCCGUAUGGAAGGCCACUUUUUGAUAGUCGGGACCUUGAUGGUUAGCUUGCUUGGUUUUCUCCUUUUCCACUUUAUAUAUAUAUGCAUAGCUUUAUGAAACUUCUCCAUUUUAGCCGAGAAGUGAAGCUAUUGCAAAAGCGAUGGCGAUCCGAGCUUUUCAGCAUCAAAGAGGAACUGUAAGAAACUUACAAGUAUAGAUAUAGAUAUAUUCUACAAAAUGUAGAGAUCAUGUAGUCAUGUAUUAAAUCUUGAAUCUUCACUAUAAGCUUGUAAUUAAGUAGUAGUUAUUGUUGAUCCUGUCCAAUCCACUUCUUUUAAUCUUGUCACA